AUGCCAGGAGGGCGUCUCCCCCGUUUCGUCGUCCUGUCGUCUAGUGUGGCCCUCCGUUGUCUGUCUGCUGCGGCCCACCGGCACCCGGCUGCUGCUGAUGCUGCUAUGACUCGCCGCCGUGCUCCACAGGCCACGGAACCUUGCCACCACGUCCCCAGGAUGGGCGUGCCCAUGGACACGGAGGGCUUCACUCUCGUCCAGAGCCGGCGGCGCUGGUGUCGUCGUGCGCCAGAACGCCCUCACCGCCCUAGGCCAGUCCCGCUGGAGUUCGUCGGCAAAUGCUCCAACUGCCUCUCUGGCGACCAUGUCCAUGCGGACUGCACCUUCCCAUCACGCUGCUACUACUGCCACAGCUCUCGGCAUCAGGCAAGGAACUGCAAGCGCGAGCACCCUGUCUCCGGCCACACCAACGCCGGGACCAGGGAACCUCCAAGAAAUUAA